AUGGAUCAAAUCAUCGCUCAAAACGUGGGCAAGCAUCUCUCGCUCAUCUCCCCGCCGUCCUCCUCCGAAGCUUCCGACUCGGGAGCAAGCGGCGACGAGGAAGAGAUCGCCAAAACUCUGGCAGCGGCCACAUGUUUCCAAUUCAAGCGCCCGCGCAACCAGAAGCAAACUUUUGAUGACGACGAUACGAUGAGCGAGGAGGAAUUUGUGGAGGCGCAAUUUGGCGAUGAGCGUGGAGACUUUACAAAGCGGCUGAACGCGCUUCGCCAAGGAAUGGUCGCCGGACCUAACAGCCAGCAGCGCGUCGACAAGAUGAUGUCCGCCGAGGCGACCGUUGAGAAAAUGAAGGCCGAGAAGCAGAAGCGUGUCAAGGAUCGGCAAGACAGAGCCACUGUCGAGCAGGUGCUCGACCCAAGAACUCGUCUCGUCCUCUUCGGCCUGCUCCAACGCGGUACCCUCUCGACAAUUGACGGCUGCAUCAGCACAGGAAAAGAAGCCAACGUCUACCACGCUAAGAAGGACGACCACUCGUUGGCCGUCAAAAUCUACAAGACGAGUAUUUUGACGUUCAAGGAUCGAGAUCGUUAUGUCCAGGGCGAACAUCGAUACCGUCACGGAUAUUGCAAACAUAACCCCCGGAAAAUGGUAGCAGUUUGGGCCGAAAAGGAGAUGAGGAACCUGAAUCGAAUGCACGAAGCCGGUGUUGCCGUCCCGAAACCAAUCCUUCUCAAGGGCCACGUCCUCGUCAUGGAUUUUGUCGGACGUGACGGCUGGCCAGCCCCUUUGUUAAAAAAUGCCGAAUUGACGGAUGAGGUUGCCGACAAAGUCUACGUGCAGCUGGUGCGCACGAUGCGCGUCAUCUACCGCGAGUGCAAGCUGGUGCACGCCGACCUGUCCGAGUACAACCUGCUGUUCCUCGACGACAAGCUGUACGUGAUCGACGUGUCGCAGUCCGUGGAGCACGACCAUCCGUUUGCCCUGAAUUUUAUGAGAACCGACUGCAACAACGUGACGCGCUUCUUCCGGGACCGCGGAGUUGCCGUUCUGCCCCUGAAACGACUCUUCGAGAUUAUUGUCGACCCGACAGUGGACGAAAACCAAGUGCAGAGGGCUUUGGACGAGGAGCGAUCCUCGGAAGGUGCCGAAGCUGAUGUCGUCUUUCUGAACGCCUUCAUCCCGCAAAAGCUCGACCACGUCGACCAUUAUGAACGGGACGCGGCGUUGAUACAGCAGGGCAAGACGCCGAACAACCCCUUCCAGCAUAUGGUUUCGAAGACCACUGGAGCGAAGGGCGGCUCCGAUGAUUCGGGCAGCGAUUCGGACUCAAAUGGGGAGGAAGAAUCGGAAGAUGGCAGCGGCGAGCCCGGGGAGCGCGAGAGAAAGGUGUACGGCCGGCCAAAGGACGAGACGGCCGAGGAGCGGAAAGAGCGCAAGCGCGAAUUCAAGGAGGGACAACGCGAGAAACGCAAGGACAAAAUCCCCAAGCACGUCAAGAAGCGCAAACAAGGGCUGAAUAAGAAAAAG